AUUGUGUUUCAAUUUCAUAGUAAACAAACCAUUUUAUUGAACGAGUAAAAAAUUUACUAUUUUAGACCGAAAUGAGCGAUCAUCGCUAGGGAAACCAACAUACUUUAAGCACUAUGGACAAACUGGUACAAAAGUGUCUUGCACCGGACUGCAACUCAACCACGGACCAGCCCGGAAUCAGCUUCUUCGACUUUCCGAGUGAGGGUCGCGAUCUGAUACGCUCAUGGAACAAAGCCCUGGGAUUCCGUGCCAACUGCAAACACAUACCCGAUCCGAAGGUUUGCGAUCAACAUUUCCUACCGGAGGAAAUCGAUCGGAAUGUGGUUCCUGCAGUGCUAACUCAACCGGAUGCCGUGCCAUCGGUGGGUGUUAUCAGCUCCAUGGAUGAUAAGCCGGGGCCAACGGAAGUUAUGACACGGGAAGGAAGCGGCAGUGAAGCUAGUUACUGUCGGCUAUGCGCAAAAGACGAAAGACAACCACUGAAGAAUAGUUUGGAGAAGCUGAUGAAGUGCAGCGAUACGGCCAAGCUGCUAGACAUUUGCUUGGAAUCUAGCAGGAAGUACGACAUGCUUCCGAGUGGAGUGUGUGAUGCAUGUGCGCACAUGAUGAAAUUCUGGACCAAGUUUGUGAGGACAUGCAGUGCCGCACAAAUCAAGUUGGUCAAGAUGUUGGGGGUGAUAAAGAAUGACGACGAGGAAGACUGUAGUAAACUGGACACUGAAGCAGUUGUUGCAACACAAAUCAAAAGAGAAGAUGAAGAACCCAGCGAAAUUCCAACGGAUUACUUGGUGGUGGGACUCGGGAAAGAUGAGAAAAGCCUUGGUGCGUGCUACGAUAUAAGUGAAGAAACGGAGUUCGACAAUGACUUGCAAAAGGCUGUUGAAAAGCUAGAACACGAUCAUGCAGUAAAAGAGGAACCAUGUGAGACGAACUCCGAUCCGGACUAUGAUAUGCCAAAGGAUUUUGGCGCGUAUUCAAGUUCGGAAAGCCAUUCUGGAACGGAUGAAGAUGACGACGAUGAGUAUGAACCAGAAGAAGAGCGUAGAAGAAACAGUGAGAUGAAAUAUGAAGUCCCCGAAGAAGAUGACACCUUUGUUGAAGAGAAACCAAAAAGGAAACGCGGUCGACCAAGGAAGAAUGACCCUCGUCCACCAAAAGGGCCUCGAAAGCCCAGGGAAAAACGAGAUAGAAGUACCGACGAGAAGCCAGCAUCUCUCUGCAAGCAAGUUUGCCAAAUAUGUGGCAAAAUUCUUUCAAGCAGUGCCACAUUCAACGUUCACAUGAUGACGCACACCCAACAGAAGGACAUCGUGUGUCCAAUUUGCGAUCGAAGGUUCUACAUCAAGCAACAACUGAAGAUCCACAUGGAGUCCAUUCAUGAGAAGAAGGACUUUGUGUGCAACAUCUGUGGACUGAAAUGUCGCUGGCGGAAAAGUCUUCGCAGACAUAUGCUGCUCCACGACGAUAAUCCUUACAAACAUAAGUGCACCUAUUGCGACAAAGCCUUCGCUAGACCUAAUCAGCUGCGGUAUCACGUCAUGAAGCACACAGGGGAUCGGGUGUAUUGCGAUAUCUGCGGUGCAGAUUACAGGUUCAACUACAUGUUGACGCAGCACAAAAUUCGUAAGCAUGGAAUUGUGGUCGAAGGCGUUCAGCUGUACAAGCAGAGCGCACGAAAGAAGAAGAGUGAAUGUGGAGCACAGUCCACAAGUUCUAAAAAGUUACGUGUUGUCCAACAAGACGAAACGCAAAUACAGCUACCGGUAGAUCCUCCGGUACAUCCUUCCAUAGCACCGAUAAUUCAACAGAUGGCAAUGUCUGAACAUGACCGUACUAGCCAUAGCGACCUAACGCACGUCUCCGAUAUGGGAAGUCCUGCUACAACGGCUUCGUUUGCAACGAUCGGAUCUCCCGAACCAGCGUCACAUUUUUCUGGUCAUCCACAUCCCGCACUGCAACAGUCACAACUGCAGCAACAUCACCAACAAGCCUCUCCAAUGAGUGGAUACAACGGAGCAGUGCUAACCAUGCCGAUGCCAUCGAGUCUGAUAGGGUUCCCAUCAUUGAAUAGGCAAUAGAAUAUCACAUAUUUUAAUAAGUGCGUUUUUACAUUACGAAACAAUAAAGUAGAGCAACACAAGCAAAAUCGAUACGAAUGAA